CUCGAGCGACUGAAAGCGUCAAAUCAGGACAGGCGGCAUCACAUGACCGACUGAUUGAUAUCAGCUGCGCUCCCAUUGGCCGGGAGCUGCCCGUCGGCUGGCCUCGGGUUCCGUCCUCCGGUCUACCUUGGCUAACUUAUGACGGAGCAAAGGUGCGCUAACUAACUCCUCCAGAAGAUUUUCGGACAUCCGCACCGCUCAGGGACAGAAACUCCUCCCCUUCCCAUCUAUCUCUCUCUACUCUUCUUAUUUACUUUCCUUGUGGGUGAGGGUAUGAGCAUUUGAAAAGAGAAGAAAACCAAAAAGAGGUUGCUCGUGUGUCAACCGGGAAUCGCACAAAUGGCGUCGAAAGCCGCCAUUCUGCCGCUUUUGAGGCGAGAGGUCCUCCCUGCGUCCGGCCGGUCGUGGACGAAAGCCGUAUCGACCAAUUGCUGCUCUCGCUACUCUACACGGGCUGCGGAGGCCAUCCAGCAGCAGCCGGCAAGGGGGAUUCGACGAAGGGAAUAUUGGGCUCGGCCCGCGAUUGUAAACCAGAAGAGGACCCUGUCAGGGACGCCGGCCCGACGGAAUGCGGAGGACGGCGAGGAAAAGUUUGAUCCGGCGCAGGUCGAGAGAGAAUCGGACAGUGUCGAUGUAUGCAUCGUUGGAGGAGGUCCUGCCGGUCUCGCGGCUGCGAUAAAAUUGAAACAGCUCGCGAACGAAGCGGGUAACGAAGACUUCCGCGUCCUGGUGUUGGAAAAAGCUGGUGAAAUCGGAGAUCACAUCGUGUCCGGCAAUGUCCUUCAGCCGACGGCGAUCCAAGAGCUGUUCCCGGACUGGCUGUCCGAAGACAACCCAUCGCGAUUCGAGCACGCUACACCUGCAAAGGUGGACAGGAUGCGUUUCCUUACUGAAAACUCUGCGAUCUGGUUGCCAGAGCCGCCGCAGAUGAAAAAUCAUGGCAACUACAUUCUCAGUCUGAGCCAGCUAUGUCGAUGGCUUGGAGAGCGAGCCGAGGAGUUGGGUGUUGAGAUCUACCCGGGUUUCGCUGCGAGCGAGGUGCUUUAUAAGCCAGAUGGAUCUGUGAAGGGCGUAGCUACAAACGAUUUGGGCAUCGGACGAGAUGGGAAGCCCAAGGAUUCUUUCGAGAGGGGCAUGGAGUUCCACGCCCGUGUUACUCUUCUUGCUGAAGGAUGCCACGGAAGCUUGACCAAGCAAGUUAUUAAGAAAUUUGACCUACGCCGGGACAGCCAACCACAAACAUAUGGCCUCGGCAUCAAGGAAGUCUGGGAAGUGAAGCCUGAGAAUUUCCGCAAAGGAGAAAUUACUCACACCAUGGGGUAUCCUUUACCAUCGGACACAUACGGCGGAUCAUUUAUGUACCAUUUUGGUGAUAAUAUGGUGGCUGUGGGGUUGGUUGUCGGCCUCGACUACCCUAACCCGUGGUUAUCUCCCUACGGCGAGUUCCAGAAACUAAAACACCAUCCUUUGUUUAAAUCUGUUUUGGAAGGGGGCAAAUGUAUCUCUUACGGGGGGCGUGCUCUGGUCGAAGGUGGAUUGCAGUCAAUACCGAAAUGCGCUUUCCCUGGUGGCGCGCUGAUCGGGGACAGUGCCGGCUUCAUGAACGUUCCAAAAGUCAAGGGCACACAUACAUCCAUGCUCUCCGGUAUACUGGCCGCAAAAGCAGCGUUUUCCGCUCUGUCAGGAACAGAGGAUGUAGGAAGCGUGUUUUUAUACGAGUAUGAAGACGCCUUGAGGCAAUCUUCAAUCUGGAAGGAACUUAACGAGGUGCGAAACAUACGUCCUUCGUUCGGUCCGUUCGGUCUGCUUGGCGGCAUUCUGUACUCCGGGUUGGAGACGUAUCUGUUCAAGGGAAGGACGCCAUGGACUUUCAAGCAUCACUCCACGGACUCUGCAGCCACAAAACCGGCUUCCGAGUGCACCAAGAUUGAAUACCCCAAGCCUGAUGGUGUGAUCAGUUUCGACAUCCUGACCAGCGUUAGCCGCACGGGAACCAAUCAUGAGGAAGACCAGCCGGUUCAUCUGCAAGUGAAAGAUUGGGACAAACACACAGAUGCAGCGUGGCCCAAAUAUCAGGGCGUCGAGAACAGAUUCUGCCCUGCGGGUGUAUACGAAUACAUUGAAGAUCCGUCCAAACCCCACGGGGUGCGAUUCCAGAUCAACUCACAAAACUGCAUCCAUUGCAAGACGUGCGACAUCAAAGUUCCGACCCAGGAUAUCAACUGGCAGACGCCCCAGGGAGGUGAAGGCCCGAAGUAUUUCAUGACUUAGGAGACAUGCAGUUUGACACGUGCAGUAAAAAAUAUACAUACCCCUUGUUCGCACUUUUGUAUAUAAAAUUGGUCCACCGCUCGCACUCCACAUAUUCUUUUCGAGCAUUUUCGUAAAAGCCCUGUGGAUAAAACAUGUCA